AAUGUUGCUGGGUACAGAUACAAUCAUACAACGAAAUGAAAAACUCCAUUCAAUUCAUUUUAUUUCAAGCUCAUUCGAACACCACCUGAACUCAUUACAACUCGUUUACUGACUGGCUUGGUGUUGCGCUUUUCGUUUUCAACCAGUCUCUCUCAGAUGGAUUUUGACGAGUAUGAGUAUCUGGAGAAGACUGUUGAAACUGUAGAACCUGAGAAACUGAAGGAGAAAGUGAACACUGAUGAGGAAACCGUAAAAUCUGAAGGUGGAGAAGGGAGGCAGAGUUCAAAGCACAAAAGUGAAAAGAAUGGUGAUGAUAAAAGUCAUCGUUCGAAGCGGGUGAAGUCUGGAGAUGAGAAGGGGGAUGGUGAUAGAGAGAGGAGUGUUCGUGACAAAGAAAGGGGUCAUCGGGGCAGGGAGAGGGGUGAGCGUGAUAAGGAGAAGGGUGGUCGUGACAGGGAGAGGGGUGAUCAUGACAGGGAGAAAGGAUCAUCACGCCAUCGUUCGUCUUCAAGGGAUGUAGAGAAAAGUGAGAGGGGUAGAAAGAGAAGUACUCGUGAACAUAAAGAUAGGGAGAAAGACAAAGGAAGGAAGGAGAAGAUUGGGAAGGGCAAAGACAGGGACCAGGACCGAGAAAGAGGAGCAGAUAAAGAGAAAGAUUGUGAACGGGAAAAGAGAGUGCUUAAAAAGGACAAUGAUAAAGAGAAAGAUAAGGGAAGUGGGAGAGAGCGGUCUCAACGGAGUAAAAGCCGCCCAGAAAGACAGAAGGAUGAGCCGGAUAGAGAGAAGCAUCGAGACAAGGAAUUAAGAGAAAGAGAGAAAGAGGAGGAAUCAAAAGAACCAGAUCUCAUGAUUAGGAGACCUAAAGAAAAAAGGGAAGAAGUUGUUGAACCAGAGGUUGAUCCUGAACGUGAUCAGCGGACAGUAUUUGCUUAUCAGAUAUGUUUAAAGGCAGAUGAAAGGGAUGUCUAUGAGUUCUUUUCCAGAGCUGGAAAGGUUCGAGAUGUCCGCCUCAUAAUGGACCGCAAUUCCAGACGCUCAAAAGGAGUUGGUUAUAUUGAAUUUUAUGAUGCAAUGUCCGUUCCCAUGGCAAUAGCUUUAUCUGGUCAGACACUUCUCAGCCAACCGGUGAUGGUUAAGCCAUCAGAAGCUGAAAAAAAUCUUGUACAGUCUACUACAUCUGCAGCUGGUGGUCCAGGUGGGGGAAUAGUUCCAUAUUCAGGCGGAGCUAGAAGGUUGUAUGUUGGUAAUUUGCAUUACAACAUAAGAGAAGAUCAACUUCGUCAGGUUUUUGAAUCAUUUGGCUCUGUAGAGCUGGUGCAGUUGCCUCUUGACCAGGUGACUGGGAAUGGCAAAGGUUAUGGUUUUGUUCAGUUUGCACGUCUUGAAGAUGCCAGAGCUGCAGAAAGUUUAAAUGGACAACUGGAAAUUGCAGGUCGAGCAAUAAAGGUGUCCGCUAUUACUGAUCAAGCUGGCAUGCAAGAUGUUGGGGCUAAUCCUGGCGACUUUGAUGAUGAUGAGGGUGGUGGCUUGUCCCUCAAUGCACGCUCUCGUGCAAUUCUUAUGCAGAAAUUGGAUCGCAGUGGUACCACCUCAAGUGUUACCAGUAUAUUGGGAAUUCCUGGUGUUAGUACCCUUGGCUCAUCCCAGCCAGAAACAUCGCUACCUGGGACUGCCUCGACAGUUUCUUCCCUUGUCAAUCCUCUUGCCCAGGCUCCGGUUCCUCCCCUUGCAGGGUUGCUGGCUGCAGGUUCUUCAGUUCCUACGGUCAAUGUUCCCUCUUUUGAUAUUGUUGGUGUGCCUAGUGAAUGUCUAUUAUUGAAGAACAUGUUUGAUCCAAACUCAGAGUCCGAACCGGAUUUUGAUCUGGAUAUAAAAGAAGACGUUCAGGAAGAAAGUUCAAAAUAUGGCACACUCAAGCAUAUAUACGUGGACAAGAAUACUGCUGGGUUUGUGUACUUGCGAUUUGAUAAUACUGAAGCUGCAGUAAGUGCUCAGCGUGCUCUUCAUGGAAGAUGGUUUGCUGGGAAGAUGAUCACAGCAACAUUCAUGUUGCCCCAGAACUACGAGUCCAGAUUUCCUGAUAGCAGAUGACAUGAAGAGAGAGCCUAUGUAUCCAAGUUAAUGUGUCCGAGACGAGAACUUGCAGUAUCUAUUUAUGAAACAGACAACUACCUUUGAGCAUACUCGGAGACAUGUUGUCUCAGUAGAAGAAAUUUUGGUUUAUUGAUGUUGAUUUUUAAGAGGUUAGUAAAUGUGGGACCCCGGGACCUGCAGGGCAACAAGGUUCACUACAGAAAUUUGCAAAGUAGCUCUUGCUCGAUGUUUCAAUUCUGUUGUCCAAACUGUUGUGAUGUAAAUGAGUUUUGCAGUUUUGUGGAUUUAAGUUCUGUAAUAUAUUUAAAGUUGUGCUGCAGUCGGUGGCAUAUUCUUAUCCUA